AUGUCAUCUCCACUCUCUUCCUGGAAGCAAGAUGUUCCAUUUCUUAACGUCAAUGAAGCUCAAGAAUUUCCGAUUAGAAAGCGUAGUCUGGAUGCAUCUACUAGUAUUGACAGAGGCAGACGUCGGAGGCGACGCCGAGAUACGAGUGUACUAGGACCCGAUUCACUCUCCAGCGUUGACUUCCGAAGUCGCUCGGAUUCUGCCCCGCCAGACGUAGAAGAUGCCGCAGCACGAAAGCGAUCACAUUGUAAAGGACGGCACACUCUUUUCGAGGAUCUGACACGCUUGGCCGACAAGAAAGAGCCUGUCCACUUUGACACAUUUCGACAGGGUGCUGUACAACGGCAUAACAAAAUCAAUGAGGCGUUUCAUUCUGAUAUGAACGAUGCCAAUACCUAUGAUGAAGACAUUCCUGCUAGCGAGAAACUGAAUACAGAACUUCUAGAAGCAUAUUUGGCCUACUGCAAGUCUAUUGGUCACGAACCGAAUAUCAAAAUUGGUGACGAAUAUAUCCCGAGCGGAACAAAUAAUCUUUCAGCUAAUGGUGAUAAAGGGUGCGAACAGCCGCGCGUAGUGGAAAAGCAGCACUGUUGGACAGCUUGUUUUGGAGCUCGGUACAGCAGACGGAGGGGGUGCGUCCAAUUUUGGGCGUGGCUUGGGAUCGGUGUGGGUGUUGUGAUUUGGUUGGGAUUUUCACUAUCAGGUUUACAUCUGAACGAGGUGUUGCAUCUAGAUGCUUUUACGCAAAAAAACGUGCGAAUUACACAGGACUAUACGUAUCUUCACUUUCCGGACGAGGUGGAUUUUCAUUUGACUUAUACUGUUGAGACGGUGCAUUCCGACUCGUUGACUGUUGGAGCUUCUCUCAACUCUUCCAACUUUAAUGUACUUCUAUUAAGUGAAGAUGAAUACGAGCAUUACGUAAGAGGCGAACCAUUCGAGUAUGUAAACGAAGGCUCGACUUUACGUACAACUUUUGCGUACAUGCCGCGUACUUACAUUGAAAACAAAAUUGGAGAGAGUAUGUACUUUGUCAUUCAGCCAUGUUACCUCUCGCGAGACCCUACACAUGAUUACUGUCAAUUGCCACAGUUACCAUCCGCGGUGAAUUCGGAUGUAAAGAUCUACUAUCUAAACAACGUAGGAAAAAUGAGUGAACACGAGGCGUGGGAACAAUUCAAUGUCUCGUUCAUUUCCGUGGAUCCUGAGCCAGUGGCCUGUAGAUCCUCUGGCAUUGUCGGAAGUGCGUACUUGUUGCUCUUUCUACCGUACGUUAUCAUCACAUUAUUUGGCUUGCGUGUCUUCCAGAUGAUCACCCACUGUGAAAGUUUCCAAACAAAUAUUGAACGCAUGUAUGCACGUGAGCUCAAGGUACCAGAGAACGAAGUGGAUUACUGGCAGCCCAUGCCAUGGGAUCGAAAAGUACCGAAGACGCGAUUAUGUGGACCGUGUUGCUGGAAUAAAUUUCGACGCCCUUUUGAACCUUUUUACACAUGGUGGCGGCAUGAAAAUUACUUUACAUGGAUCCUUUAUCCCUAUCGUAACGAACAGCUUUCACGCGGUGAACGAGCUCUCAUUGUCGUGUGCUCAUUGUAUAUAACGUUCUACGUCCUCUUUAUCAUCGUCAUGUUACGCGAUUCAUGGGGAAGUGACAUGACAAUCUUCACGUCUGUUGGGCUCUAUGCCAUUCUUGUGGCGGUAAUGCCAUCAGCCGGGAAAGCCAUUUUUAAAGAGCUGUUUAAGCUCAUUUUUAGACAACGUCGUAAGUAUUUUCGUGCAAAAGCUGCAGGUGGAGAGCUUAAUGGUAUUUCAUUCCGAUUGGCAUUUCUACUGCAAGUACUCGUAGCAUUUCUCUUGACAUUAGCGCAAGGACCCAUUUUUUACAUUUGGGCCUUUCGUAGCUGUCUGUUUUUGACCCGAUUUAUUUAUUAUGGUGUGUUGGCAGCCAUUGCACGCAUGUCACUCAUGGGUCUUGCGCAAGAUUUUGCCUGGUAUUUGAUCAUUAAGACAUGGGGCUGGAAGGAUCUGUGUCCUUAUUGUACGGAGAGAAUUAAACAUUGCGAUUGUUUUAACGAUGAACUCUUGGUACUUGCAGUUCAGCACGUGGGACCCAAGUGGGACCUCAUUCGAGAUCUUGAUGGACUUUUGGCAAGGCAGAAACAGUAUGAACCGCAAUUUGCUCUGUAUACAUCAGAACAAUUACGAGAGCGAUGGAAUGUGAUUGUUAAACGUGCUGAAAAACACAUGGAAAAGGUAGAGAAGCUUCGUGUGUAUCGUGCUAAGAAACACCAAGAUGAAUUGCGACGUAAUCGGAUUCGACGGAGCGUUACGAGCUUUAUGGCGUUCACGGGCUCAGAGGAUAAGAGACUGGCUCACGACAACGAUUCGAACUCCGGAGAGCACGAGUAUGAGGGCGUGGAGCUGGAUGAUGGUUUAUGUCAUUUUCGGGAGAAAAAAAUUUUGGCCCUUGAUAGUAAGAUUCAGCUGGACGAGUUUGAAAAACAUUACGACUCGAAUAUUGCAGACGUCUUCCAUGCUCUUACACGGUCUGUGAUGAAACGUCGUCGUCAUGACAAGCAAGAGCAUGUCGAAGAAUCGGACGAGAGUGAACUCGAAGACAAACAUAGUUUAGGAACGAGCAUCACGACUCGUCAGAGUAGUGACUCCAGCUCUGAAGGGGAGACCAUGUGGGUCUUGGUCUCCCCAUCACAACGUCUUGAACGUCGUGAAGAGGAGAAAUUGCAGCGAAUACGCGCGUUUCGUGUUCUAAACGACUACAAUAUUAAAAAAGUAGGUAUAUCCAUGGAAAAAGCGCUAUCUAUUUCUGAUCGAGACACAAGAAGAGUUCCAUUGAUCUCGACACAGAGUCAAGAAACGACUCAAGUACAAGAGGAUUUAGUAAUUCUCAUGCCGGACGUUCACAAGAAAAGCGACAAUAUCGCAAAGGAACACCUUGAAGGUGUAGCCAAUGCGGGAGAAGAUGACAAACACAGCGAUCAACUCGAGAGCAAUUACUUUCCGAGCGACUUGGAGCGUGGUCAGUCCAAUUCUGCGGUCUCAUAUCAAAGCGAAAGUGCUAGUCGAGUUUAUGCAGUUACUGAACGACGAAAGUCGCUUCUUCGACGAUUGACGACUUCAGCCGAAGCUUUUGCAGCGUGGGCACUAGAUUAUGACCUAAAAGCAGCGCAAGAAUUAUAA